AGAAAUAUGUUUUUUGCGUAAAAACACGCGCAAACGAAAUAUUUUUCCCCCAUUUGGGAAUGAAUUGGCCCUGGACGCUUGCGUACCUGCGUGUGAUACAGAGCAACAACAACAACAAAUAUGGCUGCGCCCACGAAAGCAGACGCCGGUGAAACCAAGGGUAAAACGAAUUCUUGGCAGUAUGCACAACACAUAGAGCCUAGUGAAGAAGUGCUGAAAUUUUACGUUGAACAGAUAAAUGACUGUGGUAUUUACAGAACAGAAUACGAAGAGUGUGUAUCAUGGAGGGGUAGAAGGAAUCAGAAGUUUGUAUAUGGACUGAAGUUAGACUGUGAACAUCUAAAAGGAGCUCAGAAAACAUGUGAACAUUACAAAAAGACAGGAGAUGUGAGAGCUAGGGACUACUUGGUGACAUACGAGAGGUCAAAGCGAGACUUCCGAAUGCAGAAUGCUCGAGCCAAUGAUGUAUGGGAAUACAGGAUGACACCAUAUGGAGGUUGGAGUUCACCAGUACAAAAAGUGUCAAAGGAAGAAAUAAAUCCAGAGGAUGAUUUUAUACCAGCUAGAUUGAAUCUUAACCAAAAUAACCCAGAGACUGCAAAUAAAAAUGAUAAACCACGUGACAAACCAGAAAUAGUUAGGGACCAAUCUAAUGAGAAGGGAAGUAACUCUAAAGUAGAAAUUCUAAAGAAAAUUGAAGAUAAUAGUUCAAGUGACAACAAGAAAGGCUGGUGUGUUAUAUCUUGAUAAUUAUGUCCUUUUGAUAGCUCUAAUCAAAUAAAAAAUAUAAAAGAGUAA